UUGCAGCUUAUUUAAUAACAUUUGAAAAGCAUGAGGAAUGGCUGACCACUUCCCCUAAAACCAGGCCACAGAAUGGGUCAAUGAUCCUGUACAACAGAAAGAAGGUCAAAUACCGGAAAGAUGGCUACUGCUGGAAGAAACGAAAAGAUGGCAAAACUACAAGGGAAGACCACAUGAAACUGAAGGUCCAGGGUGUAGAGUGUCUCUAUGGCUGUUAUGUCCACUCGUCCAUCAUCCCAACGUUCCACAGGCGAUGUUAUUGGCUACUGCAGAAUCCAGACAUCGUCCUGGUCCACUACCUGAAUGUACCUGCUAUAGAGGACUGUGGGAAGCCGUGCGGCCCAAUCUUAUGCUCCAUCAACACUGACAAAAAAGAGUGGGCCAAAUGGACCAAGGAGGAGCUGAUUGGACAACUGAAACCCAUGUUUCACGGGAUCAAGUGGACCUGCAGCAAUGGGAACAGCAGUGCUGGCUUCUCUGUGGAGCAGCUGGUACAGCAGAUCCUCGACAGCCAUCAGAGCAAACCGCAGCCCCGGACUCACAACUGCCUUUGCACUGGGAACCUGGGUGCCGGCAGCAGUGCACAUCACAAGUGCAACAGUUCCAAGCACCGCAUCAUCUCUCCAAAGGUGGAACCCAGGGCUGGGGGCUAUAGCAGCAGCCACUCAGAAGUGCAGAACAACGAUGUAUCAGAGGGCAAGAAUGAGCACAGCCAUGGGAGUGGCAAGGGUGGAGCACAAGGAGGCCGUGAGAAGCGCAAUGGCAAAGUGUCCAAGCCAGUGCUGCUACAUCAAAAUAGCACUGAGGUCACUUCUACAAACCAAGUGGAAGUUCCUGACACCACUCAGAAUUCACCCGUGUCCAUCAGCAGCGGGCUGAACAGUGAUCCUGACAUGGCUGACAGCCCAGUUGUAACUGGCCUAACCCAUGUGGCCUCCGUUAUGAGCGGCUUGUCACAAAGCACUGCUGUAUUCAUGUCAGAGGUGACAGGAGACCCUGUGUACAGCAUGUCCCCCACUGGAGGCCCAAACCAGCACCUCAUUUCUUCUGACACCUCAGCGCAAGGACUAGUCCUUGCUGUCACCUCUGACAGCCACAAGUUUGCCUUCCCCGCACCUGGGAGCGCCACCGAUGGCUUGGCAAUGCUGUCUGCAGCAGGAGUGUCCGAGGAACUGGUCUUGUCAAGUAGCCUCGACUCAGUAGGGCCUAAAAUCCCUGAAACCACCAUGAACUUUGACCCUGACUGCUUCCUCAAUAACCCCAAGCAAGGCCAGACGUAUGGGGGAGGGGGGUUGAAGACAGAAGGGAACAAUGGGAGCAAUGGGAAUAUUAGCAGCAAUGGGAAUACCAGCAGCUUGGGGCAUUCAUCCCCUGUUUCAGACACCACUUCAGGGUUUGGUUUCUCCACGACUCUGGUGAAGACAGAAAUAAAAACAGAGGACACUUCAUUUGAGCAGCAGCUAGCUAAAGAAACUAACUACCAGGUAGGGUCUGUAGUGAGUGGUGGCUCUUCAGGCCCGGGAUCCUCAUCCAACUCUCUGUCCCUUACACCUGGAACCACCCUUCUGCCAUCUGGUGGUGGACUGAGUCCAAGUACCACUCUGGAACAGAUGGACUUCAGUGCCAUUGAUUCUAAGCAGGAAUACCAGUCCUCUGUGGUAGCCACUGGCACUAGUAACUACGGUCAAACUGUGCCAAGCCCCCACCUGUCGCACCAGAGCCGCUCACCCAGUUUCUUCCUGCAAGAACCACCUCAACCCCCUCCACAGCAGCAGGCACCUCCACCAGCCAACACUCCUGGUUCCAACUUGUCAGAAUCCCCAUCUUUUCUGGGCCUGCAGGUUGUAAAGACUGAGACCCCAAAUGGAGGCAACGCUGGACACCAUCACCACCACCACCACCAUCACCAUAUGCAUCACCCUCACCAGCAGCCCCAGCACACUCCUCCAAACUGCAAUGGAGGAGGUGGACUGGGGACCUCAGUGGAUCAGUCUCCCACACAGCAAUCUUCCCUGCAGCUUUUGCAGUUCCCUGCUGGAUUUCAGACUAUGGCAUCAGAACAUCAAGAAAAUGUAAACCUGGAGCCAACUGCAGGGGCACAAGGAGGCCCGGGAACUUCCCAGAAUGGAGCAGAAACUGGUGGGGGAGCAGAAAGCCUAAUGAAGUCAGGAGACCACCUUCAAGUGUGUGGCAGCACUGAGCACUAUCUGCAGCAGGCAUCAGAGAGCAACACAGCCGGAAUGCGCACAGGAAAUGGAAAUCCUAGCAACAGCACUGGGACACAUCAGCAGUUGCAACCCAUCUUGCAGAGUGCUGGUCUGGUACAAGGAUUGUAUCCAUCCGUAGGUGCUCACCAGUCCCUGGGGAGCACUGGGGGCAUGGAGAUCAGCCUGGACCAUUUUGACAUUUCCUUUGGCAACCAGUUUUCAGACCUCAUCAACGAUUUCAUCUCAGUGGAUGGGGGAGCCACUGUGGGCCCCUCGGGGGCACUGUAUGGGCACCAGCUAGUGUCUACAGGCCCUGAAGGGCAGACCCAACCAGGACCUCAGAAUGGACAGGAGGAGGGAGCCAGGACUACCUACAGCCAAGCCGAACUGUGUCUGCCAGCUUGCUGCAGCCCCCAGCAUCUGGGAGGAGCCACUGGAGGUGGGAAUGUAGGAAAUGGAGCCAGCACCGAUGCCAGUCCCCUAUCAUAUAUGCAUGUAGCAGAAGUAGUUUCUGCAGCUGUGGCACAAGGAGCUCUGGGAAUGCUUCAGGCCACUGGAAGACUUUUCAUGGUCACAGACUACUCACCAGAGUGGUCUUACCCAGAGGGUGGGGUCAAGGUACUCAUUACUGGACCUUGGCAGGAAGCCAGCAAUAACUACAGCUGCCUCUUUGAUCAGAUCUCAGUCCCAGCUUCCCUGAUCCAGCCAGGAGUACUACGAUGUUACUGCCCAGCCCACGACACUGGUCUUGUCACUCUGCAGGUAGCCAUCAACAACCAAAUCAUCUCAAAUUCUGUGGUGUUCGAGUACAAGGCCCGGGCAUUGCCCUCACUACCAUCUUCUCAGCAUGACUGGCUAUCUCUAGAUGAUAACCAGUUCAGGAUGUCAAUACUAGAGCGGCUGGAGCAAAUGGAGAGGAGGAUGGCUGAAAUGACCAACCCACACCAGCAAGUUUCAGGAGGUGAAGGAAGUGUAGGAGGGUCAGGAAACACCAGUCAGGCUCAGUGUGUUACUGGUCCUGGUCAGGCUGGCAGCUCCUUUGAAAGUCGAGUAGUAGUGGUUUGUGAAAAGAUGAUGGGCAGAGCUUGCUGGGCCAAAUCCAAACACCUCAUCCACUCCAAAACCUUCCGUGGUAUGACUCUGCUUCACCUGGCGGCUGCUCAGGGCUAUGCCACUUUGAUCCAGACCCUCAUCAAAUGGCGCACGAAACAUGCUGAUAGCAUUGACCUUGAGUUGGAAGUGGAUCCUCUUAAUGUAGAUCACUUUUCUUGCACUCCACUGAUGUGGGCAUGUGCACUAGGCCACUUGGAGACUGCAGUGGUUCUGUAUAAAUGGGACAGGCGGGCCCUGUCCAUCCCUGACUCUUUGGGACGGAUGCCUUUGGCAAUUGCUCGCUCAAGAGGUCACACAAAGCUUGCUGAGUGCCUGGAACAGCUACAGCGGGAGGACCAGCAGCCCCCCCACCUUCCACCUACCCAUCAGCUACCGUUUUCACAUGGUGAAGAAGCCACAACUGACAGCUGGAUUUCAUCAUGGAAUAAUAGUGGAGCUAUUGGUGCCAUGGAAGAGCAAAAGGAUGUGAGUGGCAUGAACAAUCUGAAUCCAGAUUUGAGGAGGCCAAGGUCUGAGCCAUCCAAUUACUAUAGUACUGAAUGUCAAAGGGACCUCCCAGUAGCCAAAAAACACAAACCUAACCCCGAACACUUCCAGUCCAGACCUGAUAAGUCCAUGUCUGUUCCAUUGAUCCUGGAACAGCAGCAGCUCCGGAAACUGAACAGCAGUCCAAAACAGACGCUGGCCACUACUCUCAGUUCUGGCAAAGAUCUGGAUCAUGAAAGUACUGGGGACUCUACAAUUUUUAGAGGAAUGGGCAACAUCAGCAAUAGUUCUUCUGGACUGAAGUGGGGCGCAAAGGACUUUUACCAGCAGGUGCAAGGAGGGCAGACAGCCUCUUUGAGCAGAAAAAGUAGUGGAGGUAUCCUUAUUGGCAAAGACAAGCUGUCUUACAGGCUGCGACAGCAUGAGCCCAUCAGUGUCCUGAUGUCAGAGGGUGAACUGUUAUCCUACCGUGAAAACCUGGAAAAUGAGGAUUGCCUGGCACACAUGGAGGACUUACAGGUAAAUAUGAUGACACUGGCUGAGCAAAUCAUUGAAGCUACACCAGAUAGAAUAAAGCGUGAAAACUUUGUCUCAGUGGAUGCUAUCCCUUUGGCGGAAAGAUUGGAUAGUGCUGGUGUCAGUAACCCCAUGAGCUGGCUGGCCAGUUACCUUGCUGACGUUGAGCACCUCCCAAGUCUUAUUCAUAUUCGAUCCUUCUACACUGAACCUUUGACACCCUCCUCAAACCCCAGCCUCAGUCCAGCCAGUUCUCCUGUUAGUGAAAGGGGCUUUGAUAAGCCCAGUUUUCCUUCUGCUGCAGACUGGACAGACUUCCUCACUGCCUCCAAUAACAAAGUGGAGAGAGAACUGGCACAGCUGACUUUGUCUGAUCCUGAACAAAGAGAGCUGUAUGAAGCAGCCCGUCUUGUGCAGAGCGCAUUUCGCAAAUACAAGGGGCGAUCGCUGAGGGAGCAACAAGAAGUAGCAGCUGCUGUCAUUCAACGUUGCUACAGGAAAUACAAGCAGCUUACAUGGAUAGCCUUGAAGUAUGCACUUUAUAAAAAGAUGACGCAGGCCGCCAUCCUUAUCCAGAGUAAAUUCCGCAGUUAUCAUGAGCAGAAGAAGUUUCAGCAGAGCCGACGGGCAGCUGUGCUUAUUCAGCAAUAUUACCGCAGCUACAAAGAAUUUGGAAGGCUACGGCCCAAUCGGCGCAGUCACAAGCUUAACAGUCUGCUCACAAAAAAACAGGACCAGGCUGCACGCAAAAUUAUGAGAUUCCUGCGCCGUUGCCGUCAUAGCCCUCUGAUGGAUCAUAGACUGUACAAGCGGAGUGAAAGAAUUGAAAAAGGCCAAGGAACUUGAAGACUUGCAAGGUCGCCCCCUAGCGAUGUGACAUCUUUUUUCAGACUCUUUAUUUUUUUGUUUAUACCAGAGACAUUUUACAAAUAUAGCAGAGAACAAAACAGUGCAAAGAAAACACUACUACUGCUACAAUUUUAAGAGAAAGUGGCAAAUCCCGCAAAUUUUAAACUUAAAGGGUCUUAUCUUCAUUGCAUUUUUUGCACUUUUUUUAAGGGAUUGACUGCUUUCUGUUUCCAUUUCAUUUGGUAUUCAAAUGAACAAGGCAGACCUGAGAGGACUGGAGGAGUCCAGAGUUUGGUUGCACCACUGGAGUUAAAACAAAAACAAGAACUUCCUCCACUGCAGGCAGACCAGUACAACCAGCUCCAAAUCCUUGGAACUUUGGGAACUGCUCAAGAUUUUUUUCUUUUGUUAAUUUUUCAUUCAUUAAUUUAUUUUUUACUAAAAGUGGCUUCUGUUUUCCAUUUUCAAAUGAAUCUUUAACCAAAAAUCAUAAAACGUAUAUAUAAAAAAAAAGAAAAAAAAACAAUGCAUGCACCCCAACUCAGUUACAGCAUUAAAACAAAAUGCCCCUCUCCUGUCACUGGGAAUUGAUGGGGGGGCCAUUGAAUGUAGGUGGGCUUUUAACAGUUAGGGGUGCGGCUUAAGCAGAAGAGGGUACCCUAGAUGGUGCCCCCCACUUGUUCGCUGUUUAGCAAACUGUUGUCUUUGUGUCCAGUUUUUGUCCCCCCACAGGCCUGCCUUUUGUGAGUCCCGUGGUGUUGAUUUUUACUUCAAGUCGCGGAGAACAUUGCAUGUGUGUCUCUUGCAUGCUGUCCGCUACCUAUUUGUCUGUUUUCCCUUGAGACUGUAGUACUUCUGCUUUCCUUGCGGUCCCUGCUUGUUCUGCGCACCUUGUCAGCAUCAUCUCGGCUUAUAUAUAUCUAUAUAUACACACCUGUGUGUGUGUGUGUGUGUGUGCGUGUGCGUGUGCGCGUGUGUGUGAACAUGAUAGGUUAACAGGUGUCUUACUGUAUUUAUGUAUAAGCUGAAGUCAAAAACUCUACUUCCUCUCUUCCUGCUUUUAACACAAUUGUCUUUUUAUUGAGUUUUUUUUUUUUUUUUCUUUUUUUCCUCCAAAAGGAACUUUUUUCUUUUCUUCUUUUUUUUUUCUCAAAGGAAUGCUCACAUGUUUUGCCUUGACAUGCUGGGGUCCGAUCUUCGGACCUCUGCCAUUUGCCCCUGCUGGCCAGACAAAUCCAUAUUUUUGGUUAUGCUGUGGUUUCUGUACAUACAGAAGGAAGAGGUGGCUGUGAGGAGCUAAGCAUUAUUUGAAG